AAACGGGAUCUUGGGAGAGGCGGAAAUUGCAGCACCAGCCGAGUUAGGAAGCCCCAGCAGGGGAAAGCGAGGAGUCGCUGCAUCGGGAGAGGAAGGCGCCUGGGCAGCCAGGAAGUGGGCUGGGAACAAAAUGUGGAAAGCAAGUGCAGGCCACACUAUCAGUGUCAGCCAAGAUGAUGGUGCUGAUGACUGGGAAACGGAUCCUGACUUUGUGAAUGAUGUGAGUGAAAAAGAACAGCGCUGGGGUGCUAAAACUGUGCAGGGAUCUGGUCACCAAGAACACAUCAACAUUCAUAAGCUGAGGGAGAAUGUAUCCCAAGAGCACCAGACUCUCAAGGAGAAGGAACUUCAAACAGGACCAAAAGCUUCCCAUGGAUAUGGAGGAAAAUUUGGUGUGGAACAAGACCGCAUGGACAAAUCAGCUGUUGGUCAUGAAUAUCAGUCUAAGCUUUCUCAGCACUGUUCCCAGGUGGACUCGGUGAAAGGUUUUGGUGGGAAGUUUGGUGUGCAAGUCGAUAGGGUUGACCAGUCCGCUGUGGGAUUUGAAUACCAGGGGAAAACCGAGAAACAUGCUUCUCAGAAAGACUACUCAAGUGGAUUUGGCGGGAAAUAUGGAGUACAGUCUGACAGGGUAGACAAGAGCGCAUUGGGAUUUGACUACCAAGGGAAAACUGAGAAGCAUGAAUCGCAGAAAGAUUAUUCCAAAGGUUUUGGUGGUAAAUAUGGUGUGGACAAGGAGAAAGUGGACAAAAGUGCUGUUGGCUUUGAAUACCAGGGCAAAACUGAAAAACAUGAAUCACAGAAAGAUUAUACAAAAGGUUUUGGUGGAAAGUUUGGGGUGCAGACGGACAGACAGGACAAAUGUGCCCUUGGCUGGGAUCACCAGGAAAAAGUACAACUGCACGAAUCUCAGAAAGACUAUAAGAGUGGUUUCGGAGGGAAAUUCGGUGUUCAAACAGAGAGGCAGGACUCCUCAGCUGUGGGGUUUGACUACAAGGAGAAACUAGCGAAGCACGAAUCGCAACAAGACUAUUCGAAAGGCUUUGGUGGAAAAUAUGGCGUGCAGAAAGAUCGAAUGGAUAAGAAUGCAGCAGCUUUUGAAGAUAUUGAGAAAUUGUCUUCAACGUACCAGAAGACCAAGCCAGUGGAAGCUGCAAAUAACAAAACCAGCAACAUCAGAGCUAACUUUGAAAACCUAGCUAAGGAUAAAGAGCAGGAGGAUAGAAGGAAGGCGGAAGUCGAAAGAGCUCAAAGAAUGGCACAGGACAAGCAAGAACAAGAGGAAGCCAGGAGGACGCUGGAAGAACAGGCCAAAGCCAAGAAACAAACUCCACCUCCAUCUCCUGCUCCUGUUCCUGCUCCCGCACUGCAGCCGGUGGAAGAAAAAUUGCCGUCAAGUCCAGUCUAUGAGGAUGCCGUUUCCUUUGAGUCUGGCUACAAGAAUUCAAAUGCAAAUUACUCAGCCGCACACGAGCCAGAAACCAACAACAAAGCUGAAGAAUCUGACUACCAAGAAGCAGUCAGUAAGCGGGAGCCAGACUAUGAAUCUGAGACGGUGUAUGAAGUGGCUGGGGCAGGAAACCAGUAUCAAGCAGAUGAAAGUACUUACGAAUACGAAAACGACCUUGGAAUAACAGCGAUAGCCUUAUAUGAUUACCAGGCUGCUGGGGAUGAUGAAAUUUCCUUUGAUCCUGACGACAUCAUCACAAACAUUGAAAUGAUCGAUGAUGGCUGGUGGAGGGGAGUGUGCAAAGGCAGAUACGGGCUCUUCCCAGCUAAUUAUGUUGAGCUGAGGCAAUAGGAAAUAAUGUCCUACCAUUUAUGCCUUAAUACCAUGAUCAUUCGUCUGAUUUAUUACACUACAAAUCAUGUUCUUUUUCUUCCGGAGGAUGGAGGGGGUCUAUACAUAUUCCUUUUAUAUUUAAGAUAUUUUGCCGAUGCUUUUACAAAUGUUUAUGGGCUCAGAAAUCGCUUAAUAUAUUGUAACUCUCACGUUCCCCACUUCAGCCUGUUGUCAUAGGUUUUUAAUGCGGUUUGAAAAUGGGGGCUUUUCCUUUUGGCCAAAUUGGUGAUGGUGUUCCCGACAAUUUCCAAGGCAUUUAUAGCUCUUUCUGAUGGCAACUGCAUGUCUCAUUUUGUAGCUGUUUGUGUGCUGAAUUCCCAAGUAAUUAUGUCCAGCUGCUCUAUUACUCUCACCGUACUCUCAGCUACUCAUUGUCAGCUUCCCAGAUCUCAGCCGUGCAAGUUUAUAUAUCAUAUUUCCAUAUAUAGGGAACAUAGCAGGAGGACCUGAGAAGAGUUGCAGUUGAUGGCAAUUGCUCCAUAGGAAAAACCUUUUUACAUUGAUAAUAGGAAGGAUCCAGUGCAGAUACAUUUUAAAAAAUAUUUUCUUGAGGACUGCAAUCCAGUGGAAAGUUCCCUUGUGCAGCCACCAUUCAUUCAGUCCAAAAGAGGGUUGAGGCCAUUGCCAUAAGCAUUUGUUGUCUUGUGUUCUCCUCCAGUGGAAGCCUCCCAAUAUAUUGGCAAAAGAAAACCCUGUUUUACUUCUUCUCCCUGUGCCCAGAACACUGUGAGAUUUUUUGGUUCUGAGAGACUUGCCAAGAAGUGACCGUUGUCAUUGUCUUGCAAAUAACACCCAUCUGCUGCAUGCAGUUCAUAACACGGCUGCCUUGAAGGUUAAAAUGAGGCAAUAGGUGUGUACAUACAUACAGGAUUUUUAUGAUUUGGAAGUGGGAGAAGGCCGGCUGUGUGGUAAGCUGGUUAUGCAACCUUAUUUUACUCAAGGAAUGUUAAUAAGAGGAGCUUAAAACCUUGCAGAUAAUCUCUACUAAGCAAUGUGUAGAAAACUACCACCUUUUUUUAUAAGUUCAGCUGAAACUGCCAGUAACACAAAUCAGUAAAAGUGUGUCUGCCUCUUGCCAAAUGUUAAGCUGAAGUUCUUGCUACUACUUCAAUGGGACAAGUCAAAUAUUGGGUUAGUCACUAAUUUUGAUCACAUGAGCAUCCCUACCAAAGACGUGUUCAGUGUGUGUGUCCUGUCCAUUUCUACUUGACUGGAGGAAUUCAGGGAGGAACUGAUUGAGCAAGAAAAAGUGAAAAAGUCUCGUAAGUAAGCCCAGUGGAAUAUUAAAACAAUAUUUAUGUAAAAUGGCAGUGUACAGUAUAUCUAGGAAGGUGGCCUCGGGGGUGGGAUCGUGAGGGGGGUGGAAUUAACUAGUUGGGACAAUCCUUAAGAAGAAUGUCACUUUUACCUGAUGUUUCCUUUCCCACUGGUUUCUAUUUGUCUCCUGAUUGCAUUAAUAGUAUUACAUUGGGUUGGGCCGGAUUUUAUAUGCAGUUAAUCUUACCAAGUUUUGCAUAGGACACCUCAUAGGGUACAUUAUUCCUUUUUUCCUUUUUUGUAAAUUAAAUAUUCAAAUAAAAUUUUGGAACCAUC